AUGCGGGAGGAGGAGGGAGGCGGAGCUGCGCCGGCCUCCGUAGGUGAAGAAGAGGAGGCUGGGGCGCAGCGUGGAGGUGGCGGCCGUCCCGGCUCUGGAUGCGACGUGGCGGCGCGCCCGUCGCGGGAGGCGGCCGGCAGCGCGGGCCCGGGAGCAGCCGCGGGCGCCGCCGGCGCUGGCGCCGCCGGUCGCGGGCGUCGAGCACACGGAGUCGUGGGGCAGCGCGCCGCCGGGAGCUCGUCGUCCUCUCCUCCACCCCGAGCGACGGCGAUGGCUGGACGCGGCGGCGACGGAGGCUUGCCGGAUGGCCGGACGCGGCUGUACCCAGCAGAGCGGCGGCUGUACACGGCGGUGACGGAGGCUCGCUGGACAGCCAGAUGCGACGGCGCAACGGCUGGAUACGGCGGGUGCGGAUGCUCGCCGGAUGGUGGAUGGCCGGACGGCCGGCGUGCCUAG